UGUGUCUGUGUGUGAGAGAGAGAUGAGAGGAACAGAGGAGAGCUGAGGAACAGAUAGAAAGAGACAGCAGAGGAGCACAAAGUGAGGCCAGUUCACCUAUGGAUCAGCAUUCACACUAGAAACCCAGGGGAUUCCAUGGACGCACAUCGACCCGAAUGACAUCCCUGCCGAGUGCAGCCGAUCGACACUGAUGCCGAUGCGCUGCAUGCAUUUGUAGAGCAGCAAGGCCAAGGGGUCAGGGGUGAAAGGUCAAAGACUGCAGAGCCAGAGCGGACGCUGAGCUUGAAGGGCGUCAGGAGGGGGGACCACAGGGAUACGAGAAGAAUCAGGGUUCAGGAAAUAAAGUCUCAGUGACAGAGGAGAGUCAAGGGGUCAAAGAUGAUGACAUCACAUGUAAAGCUGAGGAGGGAGAAGGGGAGUCUGGCCGAGUAUGAAUUGCAGAUGAAAGACCUCCGGGCUCAGCUGACAGACCAGAUCAAGAUUUUAGACUCUCAGGUGGAGGUGAAGCAGCAGCAGCUCUCAGACCUCUCCGAGUUUCUCCGGCGUCGAGGCGACAUUGAGGCCGAAUAUGCACGCGCCCUCGACAAACUCACAGAGAGGUUCACCCACAAGACGAAGAAGAAGGAGCAGUGGGGUCAGUCUGUGUGUCAGGUCUGGUCUGUUUUGCUGACUCAGACUCGUCUGGAGAGUCGGGAACAUGCAGCACUGGGUGACACCUGCUGCAACACACUCACACAGAGACUGGCACACAGUACGGAGGACACACACCGUCUGCACAAGAGGAGCAAAGAAGUGGGAAUCCAGAUGCAGGAUGAGUUGCUAAAGGUCACAACUGAACUCCAGACGGCUACGAAGACGUAUAACCAGUACCACACCGACUCAAUGAUAGCUGAGGGGAAGCUGAAAGAAGCCGAGCGAUUGGAGGAGAGACACACAGGCAAGUCGGCUGACCUUGGCCCCGGCCAAUCAGGGGGACAGAGGCGGAGCUCCGUCAAGAAGAUGGAGAGAUUAAUGGAGAAGAGGCACGGCCGAGUGCAGGAGAACCAGCUGAAGUGUACCAAGGCCCGUAACGAUUACCUUCUGAAUCUCUCAGCAGCCAAUGCAGCCAUGAACAAAUACUACCUGCAGGACGUGAGCACUCUCAUAGAUUGCUGCGACCUCGGUUUCCAUCUGGCUGUGGAGAGGGUGAUGAAGUGCUACCUGGCCAGCAGGUGGCGCAUCCAGAAGACGGAGGAGACGGGGCUGAAGCAGUUGGAGGCCGCUGUGACCUCCCUGGACCAGGGGGGAGACAGAGAUGCGUUACUACAGCAACACGACUCCGCCUUCUGUCUCCCAUUCAGAUUCAACUACCACCCACACGAGGGAGACCAGGUGUGUGAGGUGAGUGCGGAGAGCCAGGUGAGGUACGAGCUGGAGACCAGAUUCCAGCAGCUUCAGUCUCGACUCGCUGCUGUUACCUUGGAAACAGAGGAGAUCAGUAAAACACUCAAAGCCACGCUCACAGCCCUGCUGGACGUUAUGUGUGACAGCGACUGUAACCCCUCCCCCGAUGUGCCCAGCAGCCUAUCAAGCGAGCCCCCCGGGGGAAGCACAGCUCCAAAGCUUACCCUUGCCAAGCGUCGAGCCAAUCAGCAGGAGACAGAGACCUACUAUUUUACAAAAGUGAAGGAGUUCCUCACCAGCAGUUCUCUGACCUCCAAACUUCAAGCCAAACAUGACCUUCUACAAGAUGCCAUACAGAAAGGUAGUGUCAGAGGAUGGCGGAGGCCGUCGACAGUGACCCUUCCAGAAUGCAAUGUGCUCGGUCAGUGCGUGUUUGGAAGUCCAGACCUGUUUCCCAAUUCUGCCACACACUCUUCACCACAGACAUGCUCUCCUACAUACAGACGAAGGAGGAGAAUGUCUCGGACACAGAGCUCUGGGCAGCAGAUUCCUGUGGUGGUUGAAAGCUGCAUCCGUUUCAUUAACCUUCACGGCCUCCACCAUGAAGGAAUAUUCAGAGUUCCUGGGUCACAGAGGGAGGUUAACCUCAUUAGAGAUUCAUUCGAGAGAGGAGAGGAUCCUCUGUCAGACAGUGAGUGUGACCUGGAUUCCGUGGCUGGUGUGUUGAAGCUUUACUUCAGGGGUCUGGAGCCUCCUCUCUUCCCGUAUGACAGCUACGCUCAGCUGCUGGAGUGUGUCCAAAUUGAGGAAGAUGCAGAGAAAGCUGCCCAGAUUAAAGCGAUUGUCUCCACCUUCCCACGGCCUCUCCCCAUCGUGAUGCGCUACCUUUUCGCUUUCCUCAAUCAUGUGUCUCAGUACAGUGACGAGAACAUGAUGCAGCCCUACAACCUGGCCGUGUGCUUCGGCCCGAGCCUGCUGAGAGGGAUAGAUUCUGAUGACGCUGUUGCUAGGCAGCCACAGGUUAAUGACUUCGUCAAAACCAUGAUCCUGCAACAUGACAUCAUCUUCCCCGGCCAAUCGGAGCUGCCGGGUCCCGUCUACGAGAAGCACAUGACUCUGGAGCAGGAGUACUGUGAACCAAUCACAGAGGAGGGAGACGGAGAGACCGAGCAUCUGCCCAGUGAGGAUGAGUGGGAGGCAGUGGCUAUGUUCGACUAUGCGGCGAGAUCUCCAGCAGAGCUGACAUUCAAGCAGGGAGACCUUCUCAUCCUUCACAGCAAGGCCUCAAGUGAUUGGUGGAGAGGCGAAUUAGGAGGGGUUAAGGGUCUCAUCCCUCACAAGUACAUCAGCAUGCUGGAAGGGUCGGAGCGCGGGAAAAGAGAAGAAGGAGGAGGAGGGGGGGGAGGAGGCAGCACGGGGAACCUGUCAGUAGAAGAUCCACAGACGGAGAAUACUACUCGGAUGCGAGUGAACAGCGACAGUGCUUCGUUACCUGGAAGACAGAGAGGGAGUGAUGGGAGUCCCAGUCGAAAGCCUCCAACCUCUCCCGCCACACGACACCUGCCAGUGUCCCAGGAGAGAAGACACACUUUGGACACGGUGAGACAGGGCGGCUUCCGACCCACAGACAAACCCCCGUUUGUUCAGGCAGAAAGAACAGCAGUUGACAAGGACAUGAUCAGCCGUCAGAUGAACUCCGUGUUCAAGGAGCUUCUGUUACGCCAGCCUCCUGUUCAGAUGUCAGCCCUCGCCACCCCUGCUGCCCCAGCUCCCUCUUCAUCCUCCUCCUCCUCUUCCUCUCUUCCCCAAGCUGCACCCGCUGCGAAAAAAGUAGGAUUCGGCCUCAGAGGACGGACGCUUUUCAGACCAGUGGACUGACAGACAGGAGAGGAUGAUGAUGAUGAUGAUUACACUGUUAACAAUGAAAUCUUGAUUCAUUUUAUAUAAUGUAUAAUAUUUGAGUCUCUGCCAUCUCAUAGUGCCACUAGUCUCGGUGCCGUGUUACUGUACGUCCAGUGUGUCUUGUUUUCCAGCUGGUUUUGGUCCUUUUUAGGUUCUGGUCUGACUUUCGUUCACCAGGUUUUUGCAAUUUUGAGAGAAUCAGGGAUGUGACAUCACCAGUGAUUUCACCAGACUGACUUUUAAGAGUACUUACCAUGAUAAGACAGAAACAAGAAAAGACUUAAGCUGCCCCCUAGUGGCAGGUCUGAGAUCAGCUCUGCCUAUAAUGUUUGCUUUUUGAAUAGCAAAACUGAUCCAGGGCCUGUGUCUAGGAGUGCCUUCACAUCUUAUUCUUAUCUUAAUCUUCACAUUCACUUCAUUUCAAAAGACCUGAUAGGUUUAAACUCAUGGUGUAUUUAUAUUCAAAAAAUGUGAUCCAGAAAGACGAGCCCUGAGGUGUUAAAUAUGAAAUGGGUAAGACAUUAUGAAUUAUUAUUAAAUAUAUUUGGCCCAAAAAUUAUGAAAUAACUAAGGAAAUUGAUCAAAUUGAACUCUUAAGUAAUCGUUUUUUUCAGAAGAAGAAAAAUACUUUUCCAAAUGAAAUUUUAUUUUACGUCACUUUUCCUAACAAAGCUGAUGUUUGAUGAUCUUGUACAUUUGAGCCAAUCACGCUGCCUCUUAUGCUACAAAUUUAGUCAUUUAACACUUGUUAGCUAGAGUAAAAAUACCAAUUUUAUUCUAAAUAAACGAGAUGCUACUGCUGUAAAUAUACGCAGUUUUGGUUAUGGUUUUAUUGAUAGGUAUAACUACGUGUCAGCCGCAUAGCACAUUAGCAGAACCUCUUAAACUGUUAAGCCUUCAUUUAACAGGGCUGCACAUGCCACCUCUAGCCAGUGUAGCUCAGCCAUCUUGCAGUGAAAGCAUUUUGCUGACAAGUGGCUUCAGGUGUCCCAAUGAAAUACUGGAGACGGACAGCAAAUGCUCUUAAGAGAAUCUGCUGCCACCUAAAUUGCAAUAAUCAGGGAGUAUUUAUCCCAAAGCACCUGGAUCUAACCGAGUAUUUCAGUGCCGAGCCAUUUCCUGAGCUAUGCGCUAGUUUGUAUGUACCUGGCAUUAUAGUCCACAUGCGGUGCCCCAUGGAUAGUCAUGCAGUUUGAGUGGUAUGUUGUUGUGGCAAUGGCAGAGGUUGCAGUCUACUCCCAAAUCCAGGAUUUCCUGUUCAUCCCAGCAGCAGUGCCUUUGUGACUUGACAGGUCAGAUGUGAUCUCGUUUGAACUCACUGUUCAGCGAGUCAAAGCACUAGGUGUCUUCGCCCAAUUCGUCCUAUUCCAGAAUUUGGCCCAGUCAACCGAUGUCAAGGCUGGCAAGUCCCCUGCCCUAGUUGCUUCCUGUAAUUUGAGUUUGUCCAGCCAAGUAACAAUGAUCUUUAUUGUUAGCACUUCAGACCAAAACCAUCAACUAAGGAGACUGGCCCCAUCAUCCGCAACAGGGUCCGGGGAAAUUGGGCUGGCAACACAUGACCAACAAGCACUUAAGGGCCUUGGGUUUAAAUUCAGGAAACUCCAAAGAUUUGCCCGACCAGGCAUGCAAAUAUUGGGCUUUUUUGUUUGUCAGCUGAUUUUAUGUUGCCUAAAUCAGUGCAGUCCGGCCUUGAUUCAACUUAAAUUUGCCUCAUGAGACUCACAAUGGAACCUCUUACCUAUAGCACUGCACAUACGAAAAAGGAUUUUUUCCCAAAUAGAAAAAAGGGUGGUAUCUGUGUUACUAUCCUGUUUUUGUUUUUUUACUGCAGCAGUUACUUGGUUGAUUACUUGCUGUAGCUAACAGGAGCUAACUGGCUAAAUAUGGUGGCAGUGAGCUGAGCCUCCUUCGAAGAGGCAGUGGGUACGUGAUUGGCUGAAAGGUGAGAGCAUGGUGAUGACAUCACAGUCAUGAAAAAUGGCAGCAGAGUAAAACGUUCCAUGUGUGACACACAUACAGACUUUUGAAAAGGUUGUUUUGAAAUGAACAGAUGCUAAUGUAAAAUAACUAAAUCAAAUAAAUGAAAACUUGCCAAGCAUUUUCCCAAUGAGCCUAAUUCCAUGUUACACUUUUUCAAGAGCUUAUUUAUGUUAUGAUUAUUUCUUUAAGUAUUUAAUACUGAACACUGUAGUGCUCUUUAACGCUAGCUGGAAAAACUGUAAGCAGUGAGAUCAGUAAUUAAUAGCAGCAUGCAGUGUUACACACACACACACACACACACACACACACACACACACACACACACACACACACACACAAAAACACAGAUUCCCCUUCAUAUGUGAUACAUGGCCUGAUGCGCAGGCCAAAUCUCAGGGCUUUAGCAGAGUUAGAGACGGGCUAACUCAGGUUUGGCUUUGAAGGAACAGGUAGAGCUUUUUUCUCUCAGGGCUUUGGUUGACUUACUCCUCAACUGGAAACUGUGCCCUAGCCUCAAGAGCCCAAAUGGCCCCCCAUAUCAGAGAGGGUUAAACUGUGAACGCUUUGGAGCCAAGAUCAAAACUUUUGUCUCAUUCAUCCACACAUUUGGCCCCCUGACUAGAUAUAUAGCACCACCCACAGGUCCCAUUCAAAUGUAUGUUUCAGGAUCUUUGGAGUGAGGUGUUUGAUUCCUUGGACUCAAAAGGAAUUUGAAAUGUUUUUUACAUAUGGCAUCUCUCCUCUGUCGUGUUUCAGUAUCAGAAAAAAAUAGAAGUAGAAUCACUUUGUCAAAUACUGAUUCUGCUUCUAUGAUUAAAAGACCCUGUUAUCCUGGAUCACUGUCUGAUGAUGUCACAAAAUGUACUGUGUCAAACUGUAUAUGUGGUAAAAGAAAUAUGAAUACAAUAAAGACCAUGAAGCAAUGAA